UUUUAUAGACCAAACUCCGGGUUUCUACCAGCAUAUAAACAACAUUUUAAUUUUAAAUCUAGAGAACAUUCUGGAAGAGUCACAUGAUUCUGGUGGACCAAUGAUGUGACGCUGUUUAAAAAAAAAAAAAAAAAACCGACGUUGUGAUAGUCUUGUUAUUUUGUGGCGUGUUAUUGUUGUAUGUGAGUUAUCAGUAAUUUACAACGAAGAAGUUCUCUAAAUAAAGAUGUUAUCUAAAUAGAAGUGGUGUUUAUAAGGAAAAAGUAGUAUUUGUUGUGGCACGUGAGGCAAAUUGGCCAAUGGCAGCGCGUGCAACGAAGAGGCGAGUAUAAAUACCGGCGGUUGCUGAGGGAGCGGGUCGCCAGAGAAGAUUGUAAAUAAGGGAAGGAGAUGGUAGAAAAAUAUAAUUAAGAAGCAAAUUUUUGUGUACAUUUGUAACCGAAUCUCCAUAGAAAUUACCGGCGUGAACCUUCACUGUUCGUCCUCCCAGCAAAACGUCUUCGGCACUGGGCACCUGCCGCAUUCUGCAGUUAUACAAUCUUUGUGCCAGUGAGAGACGGAAAGGUGUUGCAGUAUGAGGAUGUUUGAUUUGAUGAGUAUUAUAAACAAUAAAUAUUCAGUGCAUUAAUGAAACAACCAUAUUCAAGAUGUCGGGGGCAAAAGGAUUGCAGAGUUGUAGCCGUGGAAACCCUCCACCCCCUGAAUAUAAAAACCCCAAGAAGCCUGGACGUCUUACAAAUCAGCUGCAGUAUUUGCACAAGGAGGUCAUAAAGGCUUUGUGGAGCCAUCAUUUUGCCUGGCCCUUUCGACACCCUGUUGAUGCUGUGAAACUAAAACUUCCUGAUUAUCAUGCCAUUAUUAAGACUCCAAUGGACAUUAGCACCAUUAAGAAACGCCUGGAGAAUAACUACUACUGGAAAGCUGUGGAAUGUAUAGAAGACUUUAAUACCAUGUUUACGAACUGCUACGUAUAUAAUAGGCCUGGAGAUGACAUUGUGUUAAUGGCACAAGCAUUGGAGAAGCUUUUCCUUCAGAAAGUGGCACAGAUGCCCCAGGAAGAGGUUGAGUUCCCAUCUACCAUGAACCGAGUAGGCAGUGGCAAAGGAAGGAAACCUUCAGGAGGUAAGCUAAAGCCACCUCCUCCUGUAUCUGAAGUUGUCGUCCAGCAAACAGUGACAUUGAUUCCUCCGCAGACCGCUACUGCAGCCCCGACUGCACCUAUGUCAGGAACACAACUUGUAUCAAAAGUCAAAAAGGGUGUCAAAAGGAAAGCCGAUACAACCACUCCAACUACAUCCAUUGUAACAAGUAGUGAGUCUUCACCUACUCCUGCAGAACCAAGGCCUUGCAAGAUAACAUCAAGAAGAGGAAGUGGUCGACCGAUUAAACCUCCAAGAAAAGACUUGCCAGAUUCUCAGCAGCAGCAUCAAAUUGGCAAAAAAUCAAAAUUGUCAGAGCAACUGAAGUACUGCAGUGCGAUACUUAAAGAGAUGUACGCAAAGAAGCAUGCAGCAUAUGCUUGGCCCUUCUAUAAACCUGUUGAUGUAGAAGCUUUGGGACUUCAUGAUUAUUGUGACAUUAUAAAACAUCCAAUGGACCUUGGAACUAUGAAAAAAAAGAUGGAUAACCGAGAAUAUAAAGAUGCACAAGAAUUUGCAGCAGAUUUUAGGUUAAUGUUGAUGAAUUGUUAUAAAUACAAUUCUCCAGACCAUGAAGUUUCAGCAAUGGCAAGAAAGCUACAGGAUGUGUUUGAGAUGCGGUUUGCCAAAAUGCCAGAUGAACCUGUUGAAAGUGCAACCCCAGCUCCGCCUUCAACAGAAAUAGACAAAACUCCCUCCAGCAGUGAGAGCUCCUCGGACAGUGAGAGCUCCUCAGACAGUGAGAGCAGCUCUGAUUCUGAGGAGGAAAGAACUCGGCACCUUGCUAACCUCCAAGAGCAGUUGAAGGCAGUACGUGAGCAACUGCAAAUGUUAUCCCAGGCCCCCCUGUUGAAGCCAAAGAAAAAGAAAGACAAAUCAAAAAAGGAAAAGAGGAAAAAAGAUAACAAAAAAAAAGAAAAGACAGGGAAAAAAUGUGGUGAUGAAAGGAAAAAAAAGUCCAAGCAGGUGAAGAGAGCUAGAAAAAGCUCUUCAGGAAGUCGUAAAAAAAGCAAGUUGCCCACAGUUCCAUGUGACUCGGAACAUGAAGAGGAAUCAAAGCCUAUGUCAUAUGAUGAGAAAAGGCAGCUGAGCCUUGACAUAAACAAGCUUCCUGGUGACAAGCUUGGGAAGGUUGUUCAUGUAAUCCAGUCAAGAGAGCCUUCACUGAAAGACUCUAAUCCUGAAGAGAUAGAAAUUGACUUUGAAACAUUAAAACCUUCAACACUGAGAGCCCUGGAGACAUAUGUUAUGACCUGUCUAAGGAAAAGGCCAAGAAAACCAAGUGAGAAAAGGGCACUGAAGCCCAAUAAGGCGCUUCAAAUUGAGAAAAAGCAAGAAUUGGAGAAGUUGCUGGAUGUCAGUGGACAUCUACAUUCAGUGAAGACACAGAAAAGUACAUGUGCAAACACUGAUGCUAAUGCAUAUCUUGGAGGACCCUCUCGACUCAGCGAGAGCAGCAGCUCUUCAAGUUCAGGUUGCAGCAGUAGUAGUGAUUCUAGUGCAACUGAUAGCAGUGACUCUGAUUCAGAACAGAGAACAAAACAGAAGCAAAGCUGCACUGACCAUCUUGAUUUCAAAUUGCAAGCAAAGGAAAUAAAGCCAAUACUACAGCCUUUAUGGGAUAAUGCUCUUGCAGGUCAAACCUUACCUCCGUUUAGAACCAGUUUGCCGCUUUCAAUACAACAUCCCCAAGAGACCGAGAUACACAAAUUCCAGACUUUGAAACAUGUACCACUGGAGCCACCUGAACAAAUAACUAUAUCACCUCCAGCCUUACAUACUAGUCUGCCACAACAGCCAUCAAGACCUAGCACCAAAGCAGCACCUCUACCUCCUAAACACAGGCCUUCACAGUUGCAGCAGCCAGGGUCUGCAAAUGCACCUCAACAAGAGGCAACCCAACACGUUCCUUUGCAAUCUGCCCAUGACCACAUAUUGUUGCAAGAGCCCCAAAAUAAACAGGCUAAACUACAGUCCAGUUGCAGUCCAGUAUAUUCACUUCCCCAGUUAAAACCCACACAGCAGUCACAACUGCCUCAGCAGAUGCACAUGCAACAUCCCCAGAUUUUUCAACAAACACUGAAACUGCAAGCUGGGCAACAUUCCUUCAACCAACUUAACCCUUCUCAGAGCCCACCUACUAGGAUGCAAACAGAAGAUAUUUCUUCACUUCUGUCUCCUUUGAAUUCCCCAACUGGGUUACAUGCAUCUUCAAACCCCUUUGUAAUAAACAGUGACAAUAUCAAAACGGAGUGCCCAGUGUUGUCCCCGAUUCAUGGCAGUCCACUGUGUAAUAGUUAUCCAGUGGACCAGACAGAAUUACAGUUUGUUGAAAAGGAGAAUUGUGCGGAAGUCGGAUCAGAUAUUACACAGCCAUUAUCAAAAAUGGAAACCAGCCAUCCUGAUGAGGACAAGAGUAAUACAAGUCUUAGGCAACUUGGUCCUGUCAGCAGAUGUGAGAAACAGAUGGAAGAUAUUACAACUCCAAUCGUACCUAAAAAGGACAUUAGGAUCAAGAAUGUUGAUUCUUGGGCAAGUUUAGGAAAGAUGGCCACUUCCACACCAUCCAUAAUAAAGUCCUCUAAUGAGAGUUUUCAGCAGUUCAGAAAAGCUGCAAUGGAAAAGGAAGAAAGAGAAAAGGCUUUAAGGAAACUGCAAAUGGGACAACCCGGGAGGGAAAGAAAAAAUGUUCCUGAAAAAGAAAGUUUUUUGUUUGUUUUCAGAGACCAAGAUGAUGAGCGACCUUCAGAAAGUGUCCAGACAGUUCCAGACCAGGCAAUUUCUAAGCCAGAUGAAGUCACUAAAGAGGAAAAACAAGAACUACAAUCAGCCUCUCAGUCUUCUAUUGAUAGAGAGAGGGAGAUGGCCAGGAAAAGAGAACAGGAACGCAGGAGGAGAGUAGCUAUGGCAGGCAUUAUUGAUAUGACUCUGCAGAGUGAUAUUAUGGCAACAUUUGAAAAUAACCUUUAUUAAAACAAAAGCAGGUGGAACUUUAUAGUUCCAUGUAUAUAAUACAAAUAGAUGUCUUAAUAUGCAAUGUUAAUGCAUUACCAGAUAGAACAUACAGCUCUUGCUUUCUACAGCUCUGAACUUUUUUCAGGCACUGGAUGUCUAAGUUUAACAUAAAUGUGGAAGGAAACUGGUUCUCAUUCUGCAAGAAAUAUUUCUGCAUGACUCACUUCAGUUAUCCUUGAUGAUUGUUAUUGUAAUAUAUUGUACAGUAUAAUAUACUGCAACCUUGUAUGCACAGACACUUAAAGGACCACAUUGUUUGUGGAUGUCUUUUGCCUUUUUGUACAGAUGAUCGCUUAGUGAAGUUUUGAAAAUGCUUUUAAAUGAAGUAUGUGUUUCUUUGUUGGCCAUUAUGCAACAGGUUAUGAAUGAAUAGAGUCUUUAUGAUUUGAAAUACUGUGUUCACUCUAAAAAUGAAACUAUAUUGGAGUGGAUUAUUAUUUUUUUUUUUAAAGCAGGAAAUCUUCCAUACCUGUGUUCUGUACUUCAUGUUGAGUGCUUAACAUUGUAAGGAAAUAUAUCCCCAUAUGUUUUGCAACACUGUGUUCAAUCUUGGUCAUGUAUGUAGGACUGCUGUUGUAAAAGAAAUCUGUGCUCUGCUAAUUUGUACUUGAAAUGGUUGACUGUUAAUGAACCAGAUUGGUUGGUAUAUCUAUAUGUAAGUGAAGGAAUUUCCUCAACAAUGGUUUUGCUGUUAAUACCAGAUGAUAAUAUGAUUGAGAAUAUAUUAUAUACGUAUGUUAAAAAAAUAAAUAAACAAAACAAAAAAACUACUAUUGUUUACCUUACUCUGAUAUAAUCGUUAACUGGUUCAUGUUAAAUCUGUAUUUUGCCAAAAGUUUGUAUACUUACUUGGAAGUAUAUUUUUAGAUGCUAUGUGCAAUGUGUCGUAGGCAGUAUCUGCCUAGAAAUUGCAUUUCACAUUUGUUAGUUGGUAACAGUGCAUGUUAGGUUGUUAAAAUCAAAAGGAAAAUAACGAUAUGCUAAAAAUGUCAUUUAUUAUUUGUAUUUAAUUGAUUCUAUAAUUUUGUUGUUCAAUUGCAUUGUACUGAUUUGUUCUAGUAGAGACUUGAUGUGCAGUUGGUCAUUUGUUUUGUUGGAAGUUAUUAUAUUGUUUCAUCUCAAUAACGUGUUCAUACAUUUCUGCUAAAAUACAGUAGCACUUAUUUGCUAGUGUCUCUAAGGUAUGAUAAGCUAGAAAGCAUGACAAAUAUGUAGAAAUAUUUAAUUUUGAUGAUAAAUAGCGCUAA